UUUCCCUCUAGUGCGCGCGUCCUGUACAACGCGAGUGCCUCGUCAUGGCGGCGCAGACCCGGGCGCUGGUGUCGGUCCAGUGGCUGGCGGAUGCUCUCCGAAACAACCUCGUCGGGCCCAAACUUCGCGUUCUGGACUCUUCGUGGUACCUGCCGAAAAUGAAGCGGGACCCGAGAGCUGAAUUCGCGCAGAGGCACAUCCCGGGCUCCUCUUUCUUCGACAUCGACGACUGCCGCGACAAGAGCUCCGCUGCGGAUCACAUGCUGCCGACGUGCGGCCACUUCUCCCGCUACGCCGGGGACCUCGGCAUCGGCAACGACACGCACGUAGUGGUGUACGACACCAGCGACUUCGGGUCGUUCUCUGCGCCCCGCGUUUGGUGGAUGUUCCGGCUGUUCGGACACGGGUCGGUGUCGGUGCUGGACGGCGGCAUGAGGAGCUGGCUGGCCGGAGGUCACCCGGUGACUUGUGUCGACUCCAAACCGGAGCGCGCGCAGUUCAAGGCGACGCUGAACCCGUCGUGGGUGAAGAGCUUUGAGGACGUGUUGGAGAACAUCCGGAGCGAGAAAGUCCAGUUGGUGGAUGCCAGGUCCGCAGGGAGGUUCAGGGGUACUGAGCCGGAGCCCAGAGACGACACACUACCGGGACACAUCCCUGGUGCAAUCAACAUGCCGUUCACUUCUUUCCUGGAUGCCUCUGGCAACGAGCUGGGAGCUGAGGCCCUUUCAAAACUGUUCCUAGAGGCGGGGGUGGACCUGGAGCAACCACUGUGGGCUUCCUGUGGCUCCGGAGUCACAGCGUGUCAUGUUGUUCUGGCAGCUCACCUGCUCGGGCACCCUGGGGUGUGCGUUUAUGACGGCUCCUGGUCAGAAUGGUUUAAAAGGGCAUCGCCGGAGCAUAUCAUCACAGAGGGGGAGGGAAAGAAGUGAAGGAAGAGGAACGUCAGUCGGUCACUACAAGCAAGAGUCUGGUGGGAAAGCAGUGUUCUCGCUGCCAUGAUGAGUCUCAUAGAGAACUUUUCAACUAACACGGAGGAGAUCGUUCAUGCUGCGCACAGAGUGAACUUGUUAUAAAAAAUCUUCUCUCCUUAUGCAAAUUAUCUUUUUUUCCUUGUAUAAUGCAGAAAGGUUUGCAAUAUUGUUAGAAUGGUUAACAUGGUUUUUGAUGUCACGAUUAUAUUUUGUCAUGUUAGCGAUGGUAAAGAUAAGGAAAUCUCAGAGGUUUUUUGAAAUUACGGGAUGUAGGGUUCUGUGAAUUGUAUUUUUCUUAACAAUGUACUGAUGAAAUAUUUCACUUUUCAAUAAAUCGUGAGGCUGUUGCUUUGUUAUGCUUUAAAUCGA